CAGGCAUUGGACAGACGUCUGUCAGGUGGAUCGACCGUGUUUUGAGCUCCAGCCUGAUAUUUACACACAUUGAUUUUCGUUGAUUUUACCGCGGAGGUUUUCAGAACAGCAGCCGCGUCAAGUCAAACCGAACAACACCGGAAAUAAUACGAUUUUUCAACCAAACUCGCCGCUUCACGGUUACCGGACCAACAUUAAACGGACAAGAACUUUAUUUUGAAAGUUCAUGAACCAGUUGUUUUUCCAUUCGUGCUGGUUUGACACAAACGUGAACGCUGGGCUCAUAGUACACCACGCUCCCACUCAGAAGUUUGUUGUGAAGUUUAAGCGAGUUCACUCGGAUGUUUGUUGUCCCUCCUAUUUCCAAUUAGCUCCCACCUUUCUUUUUCUCUGCACUUUCGCUUUUUUUAAAUGACAAACGCGAAACCCUAACCACAACUAGCGGGUUGGUUGGCUGGUUGUUGACCUGCUGCUGUCAAACCUUCGUUGACAUGGAUUUGUUGCACCGACGACGGACGGAUUGAAAAGUUUGGGAAGUUUCCAUCAUUCACCAGCCAGUUGCAAGGAAAAGAACGGACUAAUUGCAACUACUUUUUCUCUUUUUUCAAAAAAAGGACAAGUUGUUAGUAACUUAUUUAGCUAAAGACAUGCAAAAGUUGAACUCCACCGGCACCCACCACAGCAACACGCUGCCCCGAGACGCGGAGCUCCCGCUGCGGUUAGCUGACAGCGGAGGAGCCGGGGAAGGAAAGGAGAACGGAGCUGGGAAGCAUUUCCUCACCCAGACCGAGGAGAGCUCGUUUUGCACCAAGAGGAAGAUGCUUGUCGGUUUGGAUGUAAUAUGUCUUUUUGUCGCCUCCAUCCCAUUCUUUGCGUGCGAGUUGAAGGCAGUGACUCCUUACAGACGAGGCUUUUUCUGUGGAGACUCCAGCAUCACCUAUCCCUACUUGGAGAAAGAGGCCAUCCCUGACAGCCUGCUCAUCGCUGGUGGUAUAGCCAUCACUGGCCUAACGAUCGCACUGGGCGAAUGCUACCGGGUGCGUUUCCGAGGUGUACACUCACGGGCUUUUGUUCGAAACCGUUAUGUGUCAUGCCUGUAUAAGGAGCUGGGAAGUUUCCUGUUCGGUUGCUGUGUGGGUCAGUCUCUCACCAAUAUGGCCAAACUAAGCGUGGGGCGCCUGCGGCCCAACUUCCUGUCUGUCUGUAACAUCACCUAUGCGUCCAUCAACUGCGCUGAGGGCACCUACGUGUCCCAGGUCGUCUGCAGGCAGCCUAAUCAGAAGUUGGUGGAGGAAGCAAGGAAGUCUUUCUUUUCUGGCCAUGCUUCCUUUGCAAUGUACACCAUGCUCUACCUGGCAUUCUACCUGCAGGCACGGUUGUCAUGGCGAGGAGCUCGGUUGUUGCGCCCACUAGUACAAUUCCUCUUAGUGAUGAUCGCUAUCUACACUGGCCUGAGUCGCAUCUCUGACUACCGUCACCACCCAACCGAUGUCCUCACAGGUUUCAUCCAAGGAGGGCUCACCGCGUACUGGGUGGCCUUCUACAUCUCCUCCAUGUUUAAGCCGUGCGCCCGUCCAGACCUGUCUCCCACCAGCAUGUCCCUGGAGAGUCCCCUGUCCAGCCAGCAAACUGUCUGUUAGCAGGCAAAUGCAAUCACUCUAGGAACCAGAUGAUAAGAGACGAUGGACUGCAGAAAGACAGGGAGAAUGUCAGAUAGCACAGGUGAGCAGCUUAGACAAGAGAAAAAGGGAAUUAUUCUAAGAGAGGGAUAAAUUAAAAGUGAUGAGAGGAGUGAAGUGAGUACAAUCUACACAUGCUUGCUCUUUUGGGCACACUGAUACACAUACAAAACACACAUUCACACAGUAAUCUAACAUGUUCACACACUCACACAUGUGAAAUACAAAAAGCACAUAUGACUGUGAGUCAAACCCGUCCAGUGAAAAGAACUGCAUAGUAAUAUUACAGAUAUUUUUUUAUAUAUGAAAAAAAAGAGUAAAAAUGUCUAUUUUUCAAGAGGAUUUUUAGAAGCUGCUAAUAUAGUUGCCAGUUUGAACUUGUUUUCCUCUGUGAUGGAGGCAUUUGGUCAGUGCGUUUGAUUAGCUUUCAAAGCAAAACUGGUCACUCUUUGGUCUUGGGUGAGAGAGGAGAAAACGCCCGCCUCCUCUUUGGUUUUGAUCCUCUGCUCAGCUUGGAAAACAUUACCCAGCAGCUGUGAACUGAGACCAUCAGACCUCAGAUGUAAAGACAGCUCUGUACAAAGUGACAGAACUGGCAGUGAUAAGGAACAAGCACUGGCAUCAACUUCUAACUGUUUUUACCUUCAGUGGCCCGACGUGUCACUGUCUCUAAUCAGACUGCCCUACAUCACUAUGACCUAACAAUAACCUGUAUGUAAGCAAAGAAAAAAAAGCAGUAUUUGUGCUGUACUACAAUGUUAUCUUUCUUUGGAGUAACCGAGGCAGUGAUGGGGAGGAAUCAGGUAACUUCCCCUCCCCUUCGCUGCCACUUUUCUGUACUAACCACUUUGACUGUGUCUCAGAGGUGGAGGUUUGACUGAAUUUUUAACCUUUGCCUUUUGCCCCUGGACUCCAAUCUCUGAGCUGCACCUUGAUUUAUGCCACUCUGACAGGAGAGCCAAUGUGGUUGUGUGACCCCAGCAACCCUCCUGUGCAUCUUUAUUAAUAGCACUUGAACGUACAUAAUGGAACCUUCUAAUUAUAAUCAAUAUUAUAUAUUUUAUCACAAGUUUGAAUAAUCAGUGUUUAUAUUUGUUAAUGUCUGACUCAUACACUAUAUUUUCUUUGUUUUUUUUUUUGUUUGUUUUUUUCUUGAAAUGAUAAUUAUUCAAAUUGAAUGUAAAUAGGUAUGUCAUUUUAUAAACCAGAAUUUCAAAAGUAUUAGUUCCAGUUUUGGACAGUUUUUACAUGUUUAUGUUAAAUGUUUGUAUUUACAUUUGUGUUGAUCAGGUACGGAGACUUACUAUUGUAUCUGUUGUAACUACUAGACUGAGCCACAGAUAUUAUUGGAAAGCUAUAUUUUUUGUGUUCCCAGUUAUUGUUAUGUGUCUGUUUUGUCUGUGAAUGCCAGAAAGGCAGAAAUAACCACUGUAAUCAAAAAAAACCAAACCAAUAAAAUGAAUGUUGAAUGUU